AAACUCAGACGUAGGAAAGCAGCGCUGGAUAUCAGUUCCACGUGGGCGGAACGGGAAAAGGCUGACAUCAAGAUCGGCCUUGUCAGGGAAUCCAUGUCGCCAGAAAAUAGCGAAGAUGAACCAUUGGCAGAAAACGACGAGGCUGAUAGCGACGAGGAAGCACCAAUGCCAGCCAGAAAGAAAAGUAUUGUUGUUUCCCCUCUUGCUUGGAGAAGCGAGAGGUUCAAAGAAAUUCUGGUGAGCCUGGAUCGUAAAUGGCUCAGACGCUGCAACGAGCGGUCAAGAACGAUGAUGAAGGAGAAGAGAGUGGGGCCGGAACUCAAUCAACCGACCCCGGAAGGAAUACCGCUUUGGAUGCGGAAGAGGGCAG